UUUGAGAAUCAUCUGUGCUUAGAGGGAAAUGAACAGAAAUAACUCAGGGAGAGAGAACGUGUGGACUGAGGAGAGAGGAGGCCCAGGAACACAGCUACUCAAGGUGGCAGCUCUACUUUGGUGGACACUACCACCAGAGCUCUGGAGUCUGGCAGAGCCUGUCUUGAAAGCAGCCUGUGGGAUUCCGUUGCUGAGUGCUCUCGGCAAAGUCGGGUACCCUCCCUGCGAUCAGCUGUCACACCUGGCAAUGACGUACCUCUCAGAGGGAUGCUGUGUGAGGACCUGAGAUGCGCGCCAGGUCUGUGUGUCUGUCCCCAGCACUCUGCAAGACUAGAAAAAUAGGAAGAACCUGUUCAGAAUCCCUGCGGUACAGGAAAAGAGGGGGAAUUCUCAACAUGGAAAAACUCUACAAUGAAAAUGAAGGAAAGCUGGAAAUCGAGGGAACGCCAGAAGAUGAAGUAGAUACAGAAGAUGAAGGAAAAUCAGAUGAGGAAGAAAAGCUGGAAGUGGAGGGGAAGCCAGAGCAUGAGGGAAAGCUCCAGAAUGAGGGACAGCCAGAUGAUGAGGGACAACCAGAAGAUGAGGGAAAGCAAGAAAAGCAGGGCAAGUCUGAAAAUGAGGGAAAACCACACAGUGAGGACAAGCCAGAAUCCCUGGCAAAGGCUGAGAGUGAGUCGCGGGCUGCCGAAAAGCGCCCAGCUGAAGAUUAUGUGCCUAGGAAAGCAAAAAGAAAAACGGACAGGGGGACAGACGAUUCCCCCAAGGACUAUCAGGAGGACUUUCAGGAAAGGCACUUGGGCAGUGAGGAGAUGAUGAGAGAAUGUGGAGAUGUGUCAAGGGCUCAGGAAGAGCUAAGGAAAAAACAGAAAAUGGGUGGUUUUCAUUGGAUGCAAAGAGAUGUACAGGAUCCCUUUGCCCAAGGGGGCAACGGGGUGUCAGGGGAAUGAGGGGCGGAGGUAGGG